CUUUUGUUGGUCCGUGAGGAAGUCGCAAGAUGGCUGACAUCGCUUGAAAGUAUGUCUCCUUCCUCAACAUGAAGUCGUGAGUGUGGAAGAACGCGAGGGAGGCACCAUCGGCCGUUUGUUUUUAAUUAACUUUUUAAUUAUUUUUUUAAUUUCUGCCGUUAAUUUCUCCAAACAUCCAUUUCAUUUCGCGUCGUCUCUGUCCCAGAGUUGUCUUUGAGAGUUGACGCGUCAAGUCACGCCGGGGACCCAGCUCGCUACAGCGGUUAACGUUAGCCAGCGAGAUAGCUGGUUAGCUAGCUAACUAAAUCAUAUUUGUGAUAUCCCAUCGGCCUGCUAACUAGCUUGUCUCAUUAAUUUGAAAUAGUCUAACUGUUCUAAUAUCAAUAUACUGUCAGAUUAAGAAUUACUCGACCGUCAUGUUCGCCAACUAAUGCGCAACGUUUCUUCGUGUGAAUCAGGAUUAUAAUUUUGGAGUAAAUCAUACCAUUACUAUAGUUAGCCACUAGCCAUCAUCAGUUAUCAACAUUUCAUGUGUUAUUACCUAGCUAGCUAGCUGGUUAGAGGGGAAGUUAAACUUUAGCCGGAGAAUUACACUAGCUGGCUUUGCUGGCAGUUGACCAAAAUACUGCUAGGGAUGGACACACAAUUGUACUCACACGACCAAAUAUAGAAGAUUGGCUUUGCACACUAACUAGUUAGCUAGCUUUCUUACUUGCUGUUAGGAAGUACACCUCUCGGCCUGGCCAACUAGCGUACUAGGCUAGUUUGCCUUUGCAGGGUUGGUCACUCGUAUCAGAGUUGAGGGUGGCAGCAGCUAGGUGCAGCAACAGUCGUUCAGUCAGUCACACAGAGAGAUACGUUAGCUAGCUGCCAGGUUCUAGCUAGUUACAGUCUCGACUCUCACAUCAGCUAUCACCACGGCGUUCCGAACGUACCCGGAGCCCCCCUCCCCUGGCCAGACCCACCGGCUCAACAACACCGGGAUGGGUGUGCAGGGCUUCCAGGAGUAUCUUGAGAAAAGGUGUCCCGGGGCAGCUGUCCCCGUGGACCUCCUCAAACUAGCCCGUACACCGAGCCGCCAGCCCCCGCACCACCACCCCCAUCACCCCGGCCCUAUGCCUCCUCCACCUCCGGCCCGGAUACUCAUCGAUGCUGACUCCGGCCUGCAGCGGCUGUACGGCGGCUACCAGACGGACUGGGUGUGCGGCGGGGAGUGGAAUGCCAUGCUGGGAUACCUGUCCGCUCUGUCCCAGGCCUGUCUGUACCAGGGUGGGCUUGAGCUGGUCGUGGUGUUCAACGGGACCCUGGGGAAGGAACGGUGGCCGGAGUGGGCGCGCCGGGCCCAGGGGCAACGCCAGACAGCCCAGCUCAUCGUCAAUCACGUUGGCAGCAAGGCAACUCCGCCUCCCCGUGCUUGGUUCCUGCCCCCAGCCUGCCUCAGCCACUGUGUCCGCCUCGCCAUGUUUCGCUUCAGAGUGCGGGUUGUCCAGACGUUGGAGGACCACCACCAGGAGGUGCUGUCCCUCUACAGGGACUUUGGUUUCUGUGGCCUGAUCGCCCAGGACUCAGAGUUUGCUCUCUGCAACGUGCCCGCCUACUUCUCCUCGCAUGCCCUCAAACUGUCCUGGAACGGCAAGAACCUGACCACCCACCAGUACCUGCUCUCUGAAGCAGCCAGACAGCUUGGUCUGAAGACACAACACCUGCCCUGCUUCACUGCACUGCUGGGGAACCAUAUUCUACCUGAUGAGGACCUGGCUGCCUUCCACUGGAGCCUUUUAGGACCAGAACACCCCCUGGCCUCACUCAAGGUGCGUGCCCACCAGUUGGUGCUGCCUCCCUGUGAGGUGGUUAUCAAGGCGGUGUCAGAGUACGUCUCCUCCAUUAAAGACCUGGGGAACCUCGACGUUAUCGCCAGAGACGUCUUCAAACAGUCACAGUCUCGUAUGGAGGACAAGGUGCAGCGUUUUAAGAGAGCUGUGGAGUAUUUCUCAGCUGCCUCUAAACCCCGCCCACUCUCCAUGGGAACCUCCCCCUACCUCUUGCCAGGGUUUGGGCCGGCUCCGUUUGGUGGACCUCCUGGCCACAUGGGGGCGAUGCAGACUGUAAAGACCCAGUACCCCCUCCAGGGUGUAAAGCCACCCUAUCAGAAUGCUCCGUACGGACCAGGCAACACCCCUCUGUUCCAGAACCCCCCACCUCCCCUGCAGGACUGCAACGAUUCACUGCCAGGGAAAAUGGCCUUCACCGAUUGGUCAGCUCCAUAUGACCAGGGAGGAAGUCGAUUACCGAAUCACCAUGCGGCCGCUCCCUCUGGGCCCUCCCCGUCUCCUUCAUCAUCGUCUGAUGGAGAUGAACCAAACGACAGCAGCAAACAAGUCCUCCAGAUGGGACGAUCCGUCCUGUCGAGGGGGCGGAGGGGAUGGUCCCACGGUAACAUUCCAUCGCUGUUGUCGAUGGCGACGCGGAGUCACAUGGACAUAACCACGCCCCCUCUGCCUAAAGUCAGCGCUGAGGUGUUGAGAGUAGCAGAACACAGACAUCGCAGAGGACUAAUGUAUCCAGAGAUAUACCACAUACUGACCAAGGGAGAGAUAAAGAUGGCGGUGUGUAUAGAAGAUGAUUGUAACAGUGAACUGCCUCCAGCCUCUCUGCUGUUCAGAGCAGCCAGACAGUACAGCUAUGGGGUCCUCUUCAGCCUAGCCGAAACACACCGACGCCUCGAGAGACUCGCCAUGCGCAACAGAGGACCCCUCGAAGUACCGCCAGUGAUAGUGAAGGAGUGGUCCAGUGGGAAGUCGAAGUCGGCCCUGACCCCUGAGCUGGUUCCAGCGCUGUGCUUCAGAGAGUGGACCUGUCCUAACCUGCGGAGGCUGUGGCUUGGUAGAGCCAGUGAAGAUCGCUCCCGGAGGACCAGAGCUUUCCUAGCCUGUCUGCGCUCUGACUGUCCUGCCUUACUCAACCCUGCUCAGGUCCCACAACACCUUCUGCUCAUGUGCUGCGUGCUCAGGUAUAUGAUGCAGUGGCCAGGUGGUCGUAUUCUACAGAGACAUGAGUUAGAUGCCUUCCUGGCCCAGGCAGUCUCUAACCAGCUCUACGAACCAGACCAGCUACAGGAACUGAAGGUGGAGAAAGUAGAUGGUCGGGGAGUGCAGCUGGCGUCUCUCUUCAUGGCGGGCGUGGACACGGCUCUGUUGGUCAACGAUGUGUGUGGUCAGCCGUUACCAUGGGAACACUGCUGCCCCUGGGGCUUCUUCGACGGGAAACUCUUCCAGACCAAACUGGCCCGUGCCGCCCGAGACCGCCAGGCUCUGCUCGACAUGUGUGAAGGACAGGAGGAGCUGGUGUCUCGUGUGGAGAAGAUGCGUCAGGCCAUCCUAGAAGGCAUCAACUUCUCUCGUCCUCCUCCCCCUCCUCCUCCUCUCCCCCCUCCUUCCUUCCUACCCCCUCCCCCCUUCUACCCUCUGCCUCCCCUCUACCCUCCCCGGCCCAUGGGAAACAUGCCACACCACCACCCUCAACAUCCUCACCCUCAUCACCACUCACACCCAGCCCAGCAUAGACCCAGAGCCUUCCCAGGUCUGCAGUCGAUCCCUCCCCAGGGAGGGAAGUUGGAGAUAGCCGGAAUGGUGGUGGGGCAGUGGGCCGGGAACAAACCACUGCGUGGCAGAGGGGGAUUCAACAUGCAGGUGGUGUCAGUCGGGGCUGGGAGAGGAAGGGGUAAGGACAUCCCAGUGAAAGGAGGGCGAGGAGGUAAAAAGGUGACUGCCAACAGAAUAAAGACCUCACCCCCUCCACCCUCCACCAGCCCCCCCAAGUCCUCUGAGGGUGAGGGUCUUAACUCUGGGGGUGUGGCCCAGAAGCUGAACGGCAGCCCUGCAGCCUCCGCUAUUGGCCAGCCUUUGGAUCUUCCCCCACUGGCCCAGCCAAACCCGUGUGCCUUAGCCAGCAAAGACAACCAAUCAGAGGAGGCCCCUUGUUGCCUUGACAGCUGUCCUUCAGACGGAAUGUAACGAAGAUGGAUUGACUAGGCUUUCCCAGAAUGCACCAGGGUGUUCUGAAAGUGCCGUCUGUGUUCUACUGCCUUCCCCUGUCUGUUAGCCUCGCCCACCAACACACCAACCAGGAAGUCAGAGAGGGGGAGGUGCUCUGCUCAAUCAGUGGAUUUGAUUGAAGUGUUCCGCUAGCCUUUCCCCCCCCCCCUCUCUGCUUCUCUGUGUGAUUGGUUCGGCAGAGCAGUAAGCCCAACCCCUUGAUUUUGUCAUGUUUUAUUUUAACGAUGAGAGGUUUUUCUCCAUGAGUCCAUUUUGUCUAAGCCCCGCCUCCGCCCCAUAAAGCCCUGCCCCCAUGGCUUUUGUAGCCCCAGCACACUGUCUCAUGUUGUAAUGAUCCCUCCCUAGUGUUAAAAUUGAUUAUGAAUUGAAAUGGGAUGAUGUGAUCUACACUCCCCUACCGAGGUCCGCACAGUUAGACUUGAACUACAGUGUUUAGUAGUAGUAGUAAUAGUGGGUUUACACACACAGUAAUGUUGACACUAAACACACACUGUUGGCCAGUCUGUUAGUUCCUCGGUUUGGUAGCCAUUAGAGGUGUGUAAAGGUUUAGUUGCCCAACCCAGCCGUGUUGAGACCCCCUGACCACAGAUGUAAACUGUUGCCAUAGGGACCUCAUGGCAAGCGGCGUUCCAUGUGAGGUCAGAGAGGAAUAGAGAAAGGAGGAUGACAUGGCGUUUGCUAAAUCCCCCAAUACACCACCAAUAAUGAUCUAUUAGCAUCAACCGCGCCUCUAACCUCACCCGCCAGACCCAUCUGUAUUAGCUACGCUGCGUUGUGUUGCUAAUCACAACACUACCUGGGGCGGCAAGUAGCCUAGUGGUUAGAGCGUUGGGCCAGUCACUGAAAGGUUACUGGAUCAAAUCCCAGAGCUGACAAGGUAAAAAUCUGGCGUUCUGCCCCU